CAGGCUUAUACUAUGAUCUUGUCCGAACUUCCGACAGAGGUCAUAGUCGAAAUUCUGCUCUGCUGUGAUGUAUUCGGCGUCAUAAACAUAGGCGAGACCUGCAAGCAUCUACAUGAAAUAUCCUGCUCCAAAUCGGUCUGGAUCUCCCUCAUCAUCGACCUCAAACUGCGUGGGGUCAUCGAUGGACGACUGGUGCCUCAACCAACUCAACUUUCUCUGUCUGAGUUGGUAGGGCUCGCACAGCGCGUGUUGCAUGGCCCCAAGUCGUGGCGACCACUUCCUGGCGCCAUAGAAUUGACUCCAGAAGUUCUCCGAUAUGUUUCCCUUGGGCCUUGCACUGCUCGGCCGGCCUAUUGCCGACUUCUACCCGACGGUCGCCAUUUUCUGCUGAACAACGACGGGACACUGGAGUGUUGGGAGGUUGAGCGAAACCAACGGGUUUGGCAGAGCCCGCUCAGCAAAAGUGGGCUUGAAAUACUCAGCUUUGCCUUGGAGCAGAAUGAACUCGGAGUCGUAAUGAUCGCUGCAACUUGCUUGCAAGCUGGGAUGUUCGCGAAUGCCUCCCGUGCCCCGCGGGUAUACGUCGAUGUCUCCGAACUCGACCUGCGCAACUUGGAUAACAUCAUUCACACCCAACACCAGCUGUAUCCCGGCGGUUUCGAUGUUUUGGACCUCACAGUUCUCGCCGUCUCCGGUGACCUUGUUCUUUUUCACUCCAUCGUCGGUGGAUUUCUGCUCAUCGACUGGCGCACCGGAACCGCGGGAUUUCUCAAGGCACACCACCGCACCUUUAAGCUCGCACUCGGGGCAACGUUCAUGGCGAUGCUUUCUGAGACCCGCCUACGCUUCUUCGACACUGCUUCGCUUCGGUCGCACUUGUCCGUCGUCGACCCUGACGCAUUACUUGACAGCGCACGAAUCGUCUUUCUGGAGGAGCUCCGUCCCUUCCUCAAGCAUAGGCUGCAGUCACCUGUGGCCGAACCAACGAGCAGCACAGAACUGUCUACUGGCGGGCUCAGCCUGGAACUGGCAAUUUACGUCUAUCCAAACCCGUUGGCACACGGCACCUACCGCAUCUGGCUGGUGCAAUCUGCAACUAAUGGCCGCAGUCCCAAAGUGUCUUAUUUACACCGACUGUCGCUCGUCUACCCUCCCCAGAGCCCGUCCACACCGCCAGUCUUAUACUCAACUCAGUCCGCGCCGAGCGUGGUGUCCUCUGGACAUGCCGCACAAAUUAGCUUCUCCGGACAUUCCGUGGCUGCCCAGAGAAGCGCGCGCGUAGACGCGGCGGCGGCAGCAUCGGUGGUUGACCGACAUCACGUGCAGGGUCAGAUGGAACUGGUCCAUCUUCCUAGAGCAGUAACGCCCACUGUCGCGUUGUACUCCGGUGCUUUAACUUACCUCGAGUACGCAACCGGCAAGGUCACAAUUGUGUAUUAUGUGUAG